AUGAACUUCGUGCUACGUUUUUUUUAAUGGUAAUUUUAUUCGAUUCGAAUAUAUAUGGAGCCGCGAGAAUGUUGGUCGCAUAUACUUGUGCGAUGAUAGCUUUCAUGUGCAUUUGUGUUCCAAGUCAACUAAUGAGUAAUGCCAGCAACGAUUUCUUUACUCAAGGUUAUUGCACCAAUUGGUAUAAUUACCGACCAAGCAUGAGAAUCAACUUAAUGUUCAUAAUGACAAGGGCAAUUAAAACUUUUGAAGCUCGAGCUGGACCAAUGAUCGAUAUGAAUUUUGAAUCGUUCAGCGAAGUCAUGAAGCGAUCGGUAUCAUUUAUCGCAGCUUUCCGAUCAUUAUACGCUGCAUAUCGAGAGAAACAGCGUGUGUAAAAUUUCAUAAUCUGUAAGAUUACAGAUUAUAAGUAAGUUGGUU